AAAGUAGUUUCUUCCUAGAAGUUGAUAAGGUAUAUAAGCUAUCUAUUUUACACAAAUCUCUGCAUCACCUUCCAAUUCAAGAAAUUCUUAAUAUUUUCCUUAUAGUCUGAUAUAUCAAAAUCUCUCUUUUGCUUUUCUUAAAAUUAAAACUCUGUGUCUUACUCCCAGGAUCUGCUGCAUAUCCUUUCUUUUUCUUUUGAACAUGACAGCCAUCAGAGUAUGAAUAGAGAGUUUUCUUGAUAUUAUAUCAUAUCGGAGGAUUGUUAAGAAAAAUCUGCUGGGUCAUGUCUUGCAAUGGGAUGGCUUUCUUCCAAGCAAAUUUCAUGCUUCAAACUCCCCAUGAGGAAGACCAUCAACCCCCCACUGCUAUCAAUCAACUGCUACCUUCAUGCACACCCCAAGACUUUCAUGGUGUUGCAUCAUUUCUAGGGAAGAGAUCAAUGUCAUUUUCAGGGAUAGAUGUGUGUGAAGAAGCAAAUGGGGAGGAUGAUUUAUCAGAUGAUGGUUCACAGGCAGGAGAAAAGAAGAGGAGGCUUAACAUGGAACAGGUAAAGACUCUUGAGAAGAACUUCGAGUUGGGUAACAAGCUUGAACCUGAGAGAAAAAUGCAGCUUGCUAGGGCUCUUGGUUUGCAACCAAGGCAGAUUGCUAUUUGGUUUCAAAACAGGAGAGCUAGGUGGAAAACCAAGCAACUAGAGAAAGACUAUGAUCUCCUUAAGAGACAGUACGAAGCAAUCAAAGCAGAUAAUGAUGCACUCCAAGCUCAGAACCAAAAGCUUCAUGCAGAGAUAAUGGCGCUGAAAAGCAGAGAACCAACUGAAUCCAUCAAUCUCAAUAAAGAAACUGAAGGUUCUUGCAGUAACAGAAGUGAAAACAGCUCAGAUAUCAAGUUGGAUAUCUCAAGGACGCCAGCAAUCGACAGCCCUCUAUCCACUCACCCAACGAGCAGAACCCUCUUCCCAACAUCAGUGAGGCCGACAGGAACCGUCGCCCAACUAUUCCAAAACGCUUCAUCAAGGCCAGACCUUCAACCCCAAAAGAUGGAUCAAAUCCAAAUGGUUAAAGAGGAAAGCCUCAGCAACAUGUUCUGCACUAUAGAGGAUCAAUCCGGGUUUUGGCCAUGGCUUGAGUAACAACAUUUCAAUGGAUUAUUUUGGAACUCAUUAUCAUGAUCAUCAUCACGGUGUCCAGAAUUUGGAAAGAGUUGCCCCCAUUUCCUCCAAGUUACAACAAGCUUUUUGAUAUGGUGUAUUAGAGUAAAACUAUAUCAAGUGAAGAACCGCAUCAUGGAGGGGCAUGAAGAGAUCUUUAAUGGAGGAAAUAAGAAGAAAUAUGUCUUUGGGUUAUAUAACAUAAAUAAAUAUAUAUAUAUGUCAGGUUUCCUAGGCUUGAGAGAGAGCGAGAGAGAGAUGAGAUGUUUGCUUAGGUUGGAUCAUGCGAGAAGAAUUUCCAAAGUUUAAAUUAUGAUUUGCUAGUGAUGGCUAGUUGGUUCGCAGCUCUCUAGCUAGCAUGGGCCAUGAAAAAAAAUAAAAAAGGGGAUUCUCUCUCGCUACAUAUUUUAUUAUUCUUUCUUUUUCUUUUCCUUUUUUCUUUCUUGCUUUGGAAUCAUGUCUUUUGUACUGUUGAAGAAAAAAAUGGUUGCCGAGUGCAUUGAAGAGAGUCAUUGUGAUGAUU